AUGAAACUGUCUGUUGCCAGGGCAUUUCGAGUCAUGGUGUCCACUAAAAAUAGUUUCACCUUGCAACAUGGCAUAGUCUGGCAGUCCUAACAGUGCCUGGUCAAAUAUCCCUGUCCAGUGUCAACUCCACACUGCUGGUUGUGGGAGGAACUCAACCCCUUUCCCCCUGCUCCUACUUCUCUCCUUGUGCCUGUAUCUAACUCCCAGGAAAAUGAAAUAUGCAAAUAACAGAGGCAAGUGUUACCCUUUAACUGUAUGCAUGACAAUAAAAGUGUGAAUAGUUGUUUUUUUCUCAACUAGUUUGCUUUGAAAUGUCUAGGUACACCAGUGGAGGCUGCUGAGGGGAGGACGGCUCAUAAUAAUGGCUGGAAUGGAGUGAAUGGAAUGGUAUCAAACACAUGCAUGUUUUUGAUACCAUUCCAUUUACUCCUUUCCAGCCAUUAUUAUGAGCCGUUCUCCCCUCAGCAGCCUCCACUGCUGUACACUAAGAUCCUUGUGGACGUGAUGCCUUUGUUUUGAAGACAAAUGACCUCAUCGCUUUGUGUAAAGAGAUUCAUACUACACUGAUGAUAGCUGUAGUUAUUACAAUGUAUAAAUAGACCAGAGUCAAAAGUUCAACCAAAUUCAAAUGUGUUGCAGAUAUGAAGCACCCUCUAGUAAGGAUGAGAAAUGUUCAUUCCCAGUCCUCUCUGGGGAGUGACACCGACUCACAGCCUGUCCUGAAAGAAGAGGAGGAAGAGGACGUAACAAUAGAGGAGGAAGAGGAGCAGAAAGGUGACGUAUUGACAGACUCAGAGCUGGAUCCAGAGUUGCCUGAGGAGUAUUGCCAUGGCCUGGAGGACCUGAGGUGGAACCUGAGCUCUCUAGAGAAAGCUGUAUAUCUCGCCCUGCCACCGUGGGUCCAGGGAGGUAUGCACGACGACACCACCCACACGCCACAUCACCAUGUCGUGCCACUGCUGCGUUGUUAGUGGGCAUUUAGCCACAACUUCUGCCCUGAAUUCAGCUGUCCCUUAACUGUGAGGCCAUGCCCAGAUGGGUGAGACAAUUAUAAACGUUGCUCAAUAGUGAAACAUAAAACAUUUCUCUCUCACAUUCAAGUUUUGUUUUAUGGUUUCUUCACCUUUGACAGCCAAGACUGUUAUAAUAUCAUUAUAACCUUGUUUUAUUUUACCUUUAUUUAAACAGGGAUUCACCAUUGAGACCAGGGUCUCUUUCACAAGGGAGCCCUGCAUAUACAAAUCAUAGACAAAAUCAAAACAAAAUCAGAUAGGACAAAAACAAACUAAAAUACAGCUCAACAAACAAUCAAGAAAAACAGCCACGUUCCUGAGCAAAUAGUUCCCCAAUCAAUAUUUUAAAUUGCCCAAGCAGCAUCAGAGCGUCUAAUUGCAGUGUAUUUUAGGAUUUACCUAAUUCGGUGGAGACUCGAGAGUUAACCAACCCUGUGAGCGGGUUUGGUAUGUCAUGUUUUUUUUAAUACUAUAACAACAAAGUAAGGUAAGUUGGAAGCUAGUGUAUUAGGGCUUUGUAAACAAAAAGGGAGUAAAGAAUUGAUCUAUGGGACUUUAAUGAGGACCAGCCAACCUUUUGAUAUAGUUGUGCUUGUUUUGUCUACUGUUUCAGCAUUGCUGUGUAACCUCAUGGCUAAAUGUGGCGUAAACAACUCAUUCUUCCCAGCCCGUCUGCUGUCUUACCUGCUGCUGCCCUACACACUGCCAGCCUCCAUCUUCCUCCAUGUCAACUACAGGUGCUGCUCAAUACUAGCGUCUAGACAAACAACAACCACGUUGAAUUGAUCAAAAGAACAAAGAAAACAAUCACAUUACCCCACUGACUAUAAAAUGUCCAUCAAUCAAAACAUGAUAGCAUAGUUAUUAUGACUAACACCAUUAAAAUAAGCAGAAUUAUGGAAACUUCAUAGACAAUUCAUAGACAUGUCCGGGGAUUUCCUAGCGUAAACUUAGCUGUGAACUGAUGCAGUGUUUACAGUACACAUUCGGUACAGUCUACCCCUUAGUUACAUACUGUAACUAUGUCUCUUUCUGUCAUGUUAUUAGUUUUAUCUUAUUUAACCUUUAUUUAACUCGGCAAGUCAGUUAAGAACACAUUCUUAUUUACAAUGACAGCCUACCCCGGCCAAACCCGGACGACGCUGGGCCAAUUGUGCGCCGCCCUAUGGGACUCCCAAUCAUGGCUGGUUGUGAUACAGCCUGGAAUCGAACCAGGGUCUGGAGUGACGCCUCUAGCAUUGAGAUGCAGUACCUUAGACCGCUGCUUGUGUUCAUACCAUAUUACAAUUUCUACAUUUGUGUCUGUAUGUUUUUUUUUGCUUCAACUUGUGGUCACAUGUACUGUACAUCCCCCAGGGUGCUGUGUUGGCUCCGCCAAGUCCCAGGGAAGUGGCUGUGGCAGGGUGUCGAAAUGGCCAUGCUGUUUCUUCUAAAGCUCUCUGACCCCAGGAAGAACCUCGUGCACAGGUGAGACGUCACUGUCUGAUCAUAUUAGCUGUAAGACAGCGAUCCCAGUUACUGGAAAUCAUAUGCCACACAAACACCAUGGUGUUACUGGCAAGAGCUUCCCCAUCAGGUGAGAAUUGGUUGAGUCACCAUUUGUUAUUUCAAAAUAAUGUCUGGUUAUUGCAUGAUAUCAACGUGGUUGGUGGAUCUGAUUUCAAUAGAUUUUCUUGUCAGGUUAACCCUGAUUUCAACCAACUUGACUACAGGAUUUCUAGGUGUGGUUCAUUUUAAACUGUGGGCAAUUAUGAAGUGUCAAUCAAAAUUGAAUGUUGAUCUGUCAUUGCCUGGUGGGUAGCUCCUGUCUGUCAGACAUGUUCAUUUUAAUCUCUCUUCUACCGACUACUUUCCCAUAACACUCUCAGUCAGGCUAGUGCAGCCAGUGCUCUCUCUUACACACUGUUUUGUGAUGCUUUUAGGUUGUGGCCCUCUGGUCCUGCCAGGUUAUGGCCCUGCAAUCCUAUCAGGUUGUGGCCCUGCAAUCCUAUCAGGUUGUGGCCCUGCAAUCUUAUCAGGUUGUGGCCCCUACGCUUUCUGGCGUCUGCCAAAGAAACACAUACACAGUCUAAGAGUGCAGAGGAUCCUCCUCCACAGCAGCGCCGUCGCUCCGUCCUGCGGUUCCAGCUCUCCACCACCAGCACCCAUUACACAACCGAGACCCCCAACACCCCAACCGAGAGCCACCCUGACCCCCUGGGCUUCUCCCUCCUCUUCAACCUGGAACUAGCGAUGGACAACCAGCCCAAUCAGCCCAACAACCAGUCUCUACUCCAUCACAGCGAGAGGCUGCUGCCACUGGAGUAUGGCCCCUGCAUAAAUGAAGAGGAGACCCUGGCCUCCCCACACAUCUCCUACAUAGGGGUGGAGGAAGAGGAGGAGAGGAUGUCACAGGGAGGGGAUGAGGUGGAGGAAGGGUUAGCUCUCCUCCACAGCCUUCCUAUGGAGUGUGCCAAUACUGGCUAA